UAUACACUAUACUUUGGGUUUCUUUCUUUCUUUUUAUUCCGUAAUCUGAAGGACCUUUUUUUUUUUUUUUUUUUUGGGGUGUGAUUUAAGUGUUCCCGAGGCCAUUAAAAGUAUAGUUAACGAAAUUAUUUGAGAUAAUUAAAUAUCGUAUGAAUUAACAAUUAGCUAAUUAUUAUUAUUAUUAUAUAGUUUUUUUUUUUUGAUGAAUUUCUCUCUCUCUUGUUUUCUUAAUUAAUUAAUAACAUCAUGCAGAUAAAGCUUCCAGUGGGCAGAUGUAGUAAAUUCCGACUCAAAACGAACUUCUGCAAGGUAAACUUUUCCCGCCAAAAAUCUGUUAUGAAAUGUAACGAACUAAAACCCACUCUAACCAACUAUCUCACUUUAGCUCCUCCACCCUUUUCUUUCUCUCUCCUCCAUUUCUCGACUCUCUGAGUUCUUGAAAUUCACAGCAAAAACCCAUUUUCUCUCUCUAAAAUUAACCCAUUUCUCUCUCUGAAUCGGAAGCCAUGGAAAGGAAAGCUUUGAGAGGAGGGAAUCUAUCGUCUUCUUCAUCACCAAAUUCAGAGGAGCACAUCAUCCAAAUCCCAAAUCUUGAUGCUGAACAAACAGAGGAACAACAUUCGUCAUUGUUGUCUCAGUCUCAGGUUCUGCAGCAGCCUCAUACUCCUCCGAGACGAAGGGUUCUUCCUAAUUCCAAUUUCGAUCCCAACCCCACCACUCUUCCUUCUGCCUUCAUUAACAAUCACCAUCACCGCGGCAACUACCGCCGUCUCUGGGGCUUUCGUGUUCGUCGUUUCUUCGGGUCUUCCUGGGUUCUCCAUUCUAUUCCUGCCAUCAUCUUCCUCUGUUUUUUCCUCCUCUGGUGGUUCUCCAACCCAGUGAAUUUGGCAAUAAAGGAUGGCAGGUUCAUGCAACAACAUUCCUCUACUGUAAGGCCUUUUUCUCUGAAUGACACUGACCUUAAUCUGAGCCGCAUGACUAUGUUGUCAGUAGCUACUUUGCCAAAUCCCAACAUCGAGCUCAUGCUGUCGGUGAUCGAGAAGGCAGGUGAUGGUGCAUCUCCAUUGAGCAGCAGUAACUGAAGCGUGCACUCUUCUGAUAUCUGUAAUUUGCACUUAUCUUCUAAGAUUUAUCAUUGCUUAAGACUAUCCUGGCUUCAUAGCAGUUCAUUUUACUUUUAAUGUUCUAGUUCCAAUAAUAAAAAAAACUCUAUUAUGGAGUACUAAGUAGGUCGAUAAGGUGGAUGAUGGUGCAAUCUCCCAUUGAGCAAUAGCAUGCAGUUGAAGUGCACACUCUUCUGAUCUGUGUCAUGUGUACUUAGCUUCGAAGGUUUUUCAUUGCUCGGCACUAUCCUAGCUACAUAGCAGUUUAUUUUAGUUAGUGUUUUAGUUCCAAUAAUACAAAACUCUAUGAUGGAGUACUAAGUAGGCUGAUAAGGCGGAUGAUGAUGGCGAAUCUCUCAUUGAGGUGACAGUUAUUGAAGUGAA